AUGACGGUCGUAUUCGUGUUUGCAGAUCCAAGCAUGUUUAUUGUGGGCGGUUAUCUCAUCACAUAUGCCCAGCUUGCACAAAUUGGAGAGCGCCGCGGAAUAUCCAUCCCGGACGGUGAGGCGGAUAUCCUGAACCGCAGCUUACGUGAGAAGGGUUACGAAUCUAUCUUUGCUCUACCUGUCGACUGGCCGCGCAGGACCGAAACCACGCGGGGCAGGCCUAUGAUCUUGAUUGCUUCUCGCAAGCGACAUGAUUAUCUCAUUCAUCUUGCAGACUGCGUCCCAUUCGAAGAGAAUGAGGACGACCUCAAGGUGAAAGGUUGGCUGGCGUUCAACGGCAUAACGGACGCGCCGUUCACUACUAUACCUGACCCGUUGUGUAAAUACAACGAGAACGGCUAUGAGAUGGAUUAG